AAAUAAUUUGAGAACUAGGUAAUAAUGUCCAUUAAAGCCUGGUUACCAGCCCCCAGUCUCCCUGUAGAGAACAGAGUAAAACCUGCCCGUCCUGACAUCAAAACAAUAGCCACAUCAGGCCCCCCUCCGUAUGGAGCACGUGAGGGGUGGGCCCCCCGUACCCCAUCUGACUUUGGAGAUGGGGGCGCCUUCCCUGAGAUCCACUUUUCGCAGUAUCCUCUGAAUAUGGGGCUGGAGGAUAGAGACAGUAACACUAAAGUUAUUGCUAUGCAGGUUGAUGCUCAAGGAAAAGUAAAGUACGAUGCUCUAGUAAGACAGGGGCACGGCAAAGACCGAAUAAUUUACAGUAAACCGACGGAUCUGCUUCCCAAGACAGAGGGUGCUGAUCUAGAUAAGCCUGAUGAAGAUGAAGUGAAGAAAUCUACUGAUGAUACUAGAGACGCUCUCGAGAAACUAAUCAAUGCUAAGAUCUCAGCAGCCCUGCCUAACAAAGUAGCAAUAGCUAACGGUCAGAAGGAACCGCCCAAAUAUGUCAGAUAUACUCCUUCACAGCAGGGUGUCGCUUACAACUCAGGAGCAAAGCAAAGGAUAAUCAGGAUGGUAGAAGCACAGAAAGACCCGAUGGAGCCCCCUAAAUUUAAAACCAACAAGAAGAUCCCCAGGGGACCACCCUCUCCACCUGCACCAGUCCUCCACAGUCCCACUCGCAAGGUAACAGUGAAGGAGCAGCAAGAAUGGAAAAUACCCCCGUGCAUCAGUAACUGGAAGAAUCCUAGAGGUUACACUAUUCCUCUUGACAAGAGGCUGGCUGCUGACGGGCGUGGACUACAGGACAACACAAUCAACGAUAACUUUGCAAAGUUCGCUGAAGCGCUUUACAUAGCUGAUCGUAAAGCUCGUGAAGCAGUAGAUAUGAGAGCUAACAUUGAGAAAGCGAUGGCCGCCAAGGAGAAGGAGGAGCAGGAGCAGAAACUGAGGCUGAUUGCACAGAAAGCAAGAGAUGAAAGAAGUGGUAUUAUUAGAGGAGAUCCUGAAGAGACAGAGGCAGCUGAAAGAGACGACUUGAGACGAGAUCGUCACAAAGAGAGGGAACGAGACAGACGAAUCAAGAGAGCUAACCCCGGAAAAGCUGAGAAAAUGAGAUCCAUGGAGGACAGGGAUAUAACAGAGAAAAUAGCUCUGGGACAAGCAGCACAAGGUCAAGCUGAGCUAUACGAUCAGAGACUCUUCAAUGCUUCAAGUGGUCUUGAUUCAGGUUACGGUUUGGCGGAUGAUCAGUACAAUGUGUACGACCAGCCGUGGCGUAAAGGUGGCGGCAGUGCUGCCAACACCAUAUAUCGUCCCAAGAAAGACCUGGAUAGUGAAUUGUACGGUGAUAAUGUCGAGGAGUACACCAAAAACAAAAGGUUUGUGGCAGAUAAAGAGUUCGCUGGAACGGACCAUUCUCGUGGGCACGAGGGACCUGUUCAGUUUGAAAAAGAUAUUGUUGAGGAGGAUCCAUUCGGUCUUACUCAGUUCUUAACUGAUGUAAAGAACUUGAAACGGCCCGGUGACAAUGAUUCUAAGUCUAGGAAGAGAAGAGGAUAGCCCGACCAGUUUAACUGACUGUGUUGAAGAUACAAACAUGUCCAUCUGAGUCAUGACAGAAUUCGAGUCCGUUUCUGAGAGACUGACAAUAAAGAUGUCGUUUAUUUUAUUUAUAUUUUUAUGGCACCGUUUGAAUGAACUUUUGUUUAUAGUGGUGCCGAAGCUUGAUGAUGGGACUUCAUUUAAACUGUCUGUUAAAGUACAGAUAUUGCAGAACAUACAUUCCGAUAUAUUGCAGAACAUAGAUCCUGAUAACUAUUGCGUCAAAAUAUUUUACAAUUACAUUACUACUAUUAUACGAGUGCAAUACUUGGAAAGCUUAGUAACUUCAUCUUCAAAUUAUGAUAUUACCCUCAUUAUGACUGUACUUACAAAGCUGUAAUGUUUCAAAAUUUAUUGUUUAUUAUAUGUGCUUUUUGGAGCAUGUCAAUCGUAAA